AUGGAAGGCCGUCCCGGCGCCAAGUCAAGCGACAGCCGACGAGCUGUCAUGGUUGGUAUCACAUCGUUUGCGUUCGCAUUGGCUCUCUUCGCAGUGAUCAUGCGAACGUACACUCGCGUGUUCUUGCUGCGAAGAUUCGGUGUUGAUGAUAGCGCUGCUAUCCUAACCUUCUUUCUCCUCUUCGCUUGCUACUUCGCAGUUGCGAUCAACCUGAGGAACGGCCUCGGUAUGCAUGUGUAUCUACUCACUGAAGACCAGAUCAAAGAGUAUCUAAGGACCUUCUAUACCGCGGUCGUCUUCUAUAAUGCCGCCCUCGCUGGCGUCAAAAUGACGUUCUUGCUCCAGUACUGGCGACUAUUUGCUGUGCAAAGAAUGAGGAAGUUGCUGUUCGGUGCGAUGAUCCUCGUCGGGGGUUGGAGCAUGUCACAAGUUCUGGUGGAGGUCUUGAUCUGCAUCCCUACGAACGCCUUCUGGGAUAAGAGCGUCCGAGGCAGCUGUAUCCCGAACUACCCUCUGUGGUACAUCAACGCCGCAGGGAAUAUCGCCACCGACCUGAUAGUCUUUGUUCUGCCGUUACCGGUUAUCAGCGGCCUGAAGCUGCCUUCAAGACAGAGAUAUGCUUUAGGCGGAAUCUUUUGCCUCGGACUCUUCACGUGCGUGAUUUCGGCUGUCCGGAUACAACACCUCCAUCAGACCGCAGACUUCACGUGGGAAAACGUGCAGACUGCUGGGUGGUCCAUCGGCGAAGUCUGUAGUGGGCUGAUCUGCGCGUGCCUUCCGACGCUCCGGCCCCUCGUCGUGAAGGUUAUGCCCUCUCUGUCGAAUCCCGUCAGCGGGUUCUCCCGACACAGGAUGCAGCACGGCUUCAGCUUCAAAAGGACAGCUUCUAUUGCGAAGCAACCUGAGGCCGAGCUUGCCAUUAUCCCGCGCGAAAUCGGCCCUGGCGAUAGCCCGAAUCGUCGCCACACGCCACGGCUAGGUUCCUCUGAUAGCGAAGUCGACCUUUGCGGCGCCAUAAGCUACGAUCGCAGCCGCGCUGACCUAAGCUGUGACUUGCCGCUGUCGCUCCAAGGGAUCUCGGUGGAUAUCGAUGUUCCGCCGCCGUCGGCGACGGUUUGGACUCAACACCGGGAUGCAACUGAAGUCGGCGGUCAUGGCCGUGGGCAGUCAGUGGGUGUGGAAACACGGACCGAGGCCGACCGAAGACGUAGUAGCAGGCCUGCGAGACAGUCGUCAGGCUUCAUCAACAUUAGGCUUGACGUUGUGGAAGGCUCGUUACCACAACCCACGAUGGAUGGAUGGAUACCCAUGAGCGUGGCUGCAACCUAG